UUGAUUGAAAUACGUGCGUGAAAAUAAACAAGCUAUGGAUGACGAGAAAUUGAUUGCUUUUGUUGAGCAUAAAACCGAGUUGUUUAAUAAGAGCAGUCCAUAUUACAAGCUGCAAACACGGCGCCAUUGAAAUAAACGUCAAAAGAAAAAUUUAUUGAAUUGAUUGAAUUACGUGUGUGAAAAUAAACAAGCUAUGGAUGACGAGAAAUUGAUUGCUUUGGUUGAGCAUAAAACCGAGUUGUUUAAUAAGAGCAGUCCAUAUUACAAGCUGCAAACACGGAAAGAUGCCUUCUGGUCUGAAAUCGGGAGGGAGUUGAACGCAAGUGAUAAGAGAAAUGUGUCGCCGUAGAUGGGUGACACUCCCGGAUCGCUACGGGAGGGAAGUACGGAAGGCUAACGCCCCCAGUGGCAGCGGGAUGGAGUAUCAAACACAGUGGCAUUUGAAGUGAAGUGGCGAUGAAGUUCCUCAAGCCACAUAUUGUACCACGGCCGGUUAGGUUCUCACAAAAUAUUUGUGAAACUGUAGUCACCAAUCAGGUUCAUGAACAUGCGCAGGAGGUGGAAGUGCCAUCACCGCUAUGGCCCUUAUCACCUACUAUAAGUCCAAUUGAAAUAUUGCUGCAGUCGCCAUCGCCUCCUAUCGCCGUGGAGCCAUCCCCGACUCCUUCCGUAUCCACCUCGCUUCCCUCACCUUCCUGGAAGCGAUCGAGUUGUUUAAAAAUAAAUGGUCAACACAACCAACUCAACAGAUCCAACAACAACAAUCAACAAGUCCGGCUGUGCAAUCAUUUAGCAAUUUAAUCGUGUCCAUUUUAAAUAAAAUGGACGACGAAAAAUAAACGAGGGCUAUCGAGAAAAUGCUGCAAGCUGCGUUUGAAGUGCAGAGAGGAGAUUACUAAUAACAUGUUAAGUUAAUUUAAUAUAGAAUAUAUGUAUAAAUGAAGUAU